AUGACAACAGCAGAAAAGACAAAUGUGCUUAAACUGCUAAUCCUUCUCAGUAGCCAUUUUAUUGUCUCAAACCAGUUAAUCUGCCGCAGACCCCGGUAUCACAACUGGCGUUCACAGUCAAUGAACAUCACCUUGAGAUUGUCUCUCAUGGAGAACACCUGCAGGAAUGUGAAUCAAUGCUGGAAUAGUAUUUUGGAAAGUGCACAAGUGCCCUGGAUGGAUCAGACAUAUGCAUUUCCUCAAUUAUGCCCCAUAGAGAUCCAGUUGGGAGAUGCACUGUUUGUCUUCACCGACCCAAACCUAGAGCAGUAUGGAAUCAAUCUUAUUCAGGUAUCGAAAGAAGAAUUUGACAGUUGUUUUAGCGAGCAAGUACAGGAGCAAGAUGUUUUUGCCAGCUGCAUGAAUGGUAGCAUGCAUUUGGACUCGAAGUGGCUUUCCCCUGGUGUUCAUUAUUUUGCUGCUUCUCAUAAAGGCCGUAGCCAUUUAUGUCAGCUUGGACUCCGCUUUAGUGUGCUGGUCAAAGAGCAGCACUGUCAGAGCGCUCCACAUCUACACCUGUGUUCAGGCAAAGGUGUUUGUAGGGCAAAAACUGGCCAGGUUGCAUAUGCUUGUCUGUGCCACAAGCCUUUCUCUGGACCAUAUUGUGAAGCUGUGGACAUGUGUUCUGAAGGUCCGUGUUUAAAUGGUGGGACCUGCAUAAGCAAUCACUCUGCUCAACUAAGUCAGUCUUCUUACCAUUGCUUGUGCCCAUCAGCAUUUACAGGUAUUAACUGCUCUGAAAUUUUUGGCCAAUACAACUGUAUCAGGCGCUGCAGAGAUGGGAUAUGCCUACUAGUGUCCCCAAACUCCUUUCGGUGUGAAUGCUGGAUUGGAUACACAGGCACAUUCUGCACAGUGAAGAAAGGCCCCUGCAGUUCACAGCCCUGUAGGAAAAGAGGCAAAUGUGAAGAACAUGGUGAAAAGUACAUUUGCAUGUGCCCAGAAGGCUUCACUGGUUCCAAUUGUGAAGUGAUGCUGGAACACAACUGCAUAAACCUCAGCUGUCAGCGGGAACAAGCAUAUGGCAUUGUCAAACAUGCUGUCUAUGUGAGGCCAUCCUCAUCAGCAGUGAGCAGUGACUCCAACCAGAAACUGGAUCUUCCAUUUAUGUACUGUAGAUGCCAUAGAGGCUUUACUGGGGAGAAGUGUGAGGAUAUAAUUGAUUUUUGCAGGCCGCACUUUGUUAACUGUUAGAACAAGGGAUCGUGUAUACACCUAAUUGCUAAAUAUGCCUCCUUCUGUGUUCAGGGUGAGAUAGAGGGACUUUGUCAAUACAAAGCCUGCUUGAUUUACCCAAACCGGUGCUUGAAUGGAGCUACAUGCAUCAGCACGAAUCAACCAACUGCACAUCCUCUUUACAGAUGCACAUGUUCCCCAGGCUUGACUUGGUUGAACUGUGAGAUGAAUGUGAAUGCAGGCACAUUACCAGACAUUGCAUGUCCUUCAGGGAUGCAGUGUGUGCCGACCCCUGCGGACAUGCAAUAUACAAUGUGUCUCAGACCAUGUCCCAACACCAUACAGGUGUGUAUCACUGAGAAAAGGUGUUUAAUAAACAGUACCAGCAAUUCCAGCUGCAUUUGUGCACCAGGAUGGACAGGACCAAAUUGUUCGUUUAAUACUCAGCAUUGGUGUUACAAUGGAGCCACUUGCGUGGAUGGAGUUGCCGGGACUGGUUUCUGCAUUAGAAAUUCCACCUGUGUUGACCUACCAGGGGAUUAUGUAUGCGUCUGCCCCAAGGGAUUCGCUGGUGAGUGUUGAUGCAAUCAGUAUGUAACUGAAUGCACAUCGCGGAGUGAAGCUUGUCAAAAUAAUGGCAUUUGCUAUAUAGAGAAUGGAGACUUUCAUUGCAGAUGCCCACCAGAGAACCAACAGACCUAUACUGAAGUUAAAACCUCAUUUGAGGAACACAGCAGAGUUUCACCAUGUGAACAACCGAGAGGCAGUUUCAAGUGUUUGUGCCUUCAUAGCUGCAUGGGGCAGCUGUGCGAAACUCCCAUGAGGCACUAUGUGAAGGGAUCGUACUGCUGUGGAUCAACGUGGUUAACUGGGCAAUUUUGUGAGAUCAACAUUGAUGACUGUGCCAAUAAGCCCUGUGGAACAGUCAGCAUCUGCAAAGAUGGCAUUUCUGCCUACCACUGUUUCUGCGCACCUGGAUUUAUUGGCGUUAACUGUGAGAUUGAAGUAAACGAGUGUCUAAGUCAGCCCUGUAAAAAUGGAGCUUCCUGUAUGGACAAGCUCGACUCCUUCAGCUGUGUCUGUCCAGACGGAGUCACAGGCACUUUAUGUGAAAUUGACAUCGAUGAAUGCCUGUCAUCUCCAUGCCUGCACGAAGGCACAUGUGUGGAUCUCACUGAUGGGUUCAUAUGCAUUUGUCCUCCUGGAUUCACCGGACCUGUGUGCGAGGUGGAUAUUGACAAGUGCAGCUCUUCUCCUUGCAAGAAUGAAGCCACUUGCCGAGACCAGGCUGGUAAUUACCGGUGCCAAUGUGUAGAUCUAUUUAAAGGUUUUCAGGUGUGCAAGUUUCUGCCAUGUGAAGUUAAUAAUCCAUGUGAGAACGAGGCUGAGUGUGUGGACGAAACUGACCUGGACCGCUUCCCUUUGGGAUUCCAGUGCCGCUGCAUCCGAGGCUUCACUGGCCCUCACUGUGAGCUCAACGUCGACGAGUGCAACUCUAACCCCUGCAUCCACGGCUUCUGCUAUGACGUCGUGGAUGGCUUUUACUGCCUUUGUAACCCGGGUUAUGCUGGAGUGAGCUGUGAGAAGGACAUCGACGACUGCAUUAGCAACGUGUGUGAGAACAACUCAACUUGUAUCGACUUCCAUCUGAGUUACCAGUGCGUCUGUGACCUGGGUUGGGAGGGCAUGUUUUGCGAGAGGGAGACAAAUGAGUGUGCAUCAAACCCGUGCAAAAAUAAUAGCACCUGUACUGACCUGUUCAACGCCUACAGGUGCACAUGUCCUCCUGGCUGGACUGGUCCUGACUGUGGAGAGGAUGUAAAAGGUUGUAUCUCGGGUCCUUGCUUUAAUGGGGCCGUGUGUGUAGAAUCAGAUGACCCUAGCAAGUUCUCCUGCACCUGCCCGCCCUUCUUCACCGGCUCCCUCUGCACGCUGCCCUACAACCCCUGUGACGUGAAGAACAACCCCUGCCUGAACAACUCCACCUGCCGAUCCAGACCAGAUGGCUCAGCCAAGUGCCUCUGCCCCGCAGGGAUUGAGGGAUCUCGCUGUGAUAUUGACACCAACGAGUGUGGCUCCAGCCCAUGCCAAAACCAAGGCCAUUGUGUGGACAUGGUCAACAAUUACUACUGUAGCUGUAAACCUGGAUUCUCAGGUCAGCAUUGUGAGGAAGACAUCAACGAAUGUGCGUCCAACCCCUGCCAAAACCAUGGCGUCUGUCAAGAUCUAGUGAACGGCUUCCGAUGUUCCUGUCUGCCUGGAAAAAGUGGGACUGUGUGUAAUCUGGAAGUGAAACAGUGUGAAUCUUCGUCUUGCCUCCAUGACGCUGUGUGUGUCAACAAGCCCGGAGGUUUUGUGUGUGUGUGCCGGCCUGGAUACACUGGGACACACUGUGAGCUGAACGUUGAUGAGUGCACCUCAAAUCCGUGCCAAAAUGGUGGGAGGUGUGUUGACGGCGCCAAUGGGUACCGCUGCCUGUGUUCCAGUGGCUUCACGGGCUCGGACUGUGUGAGCAACAUUGACGAAUGUGCCUCAGACCCCUGUGUUCAUGGCAGCUGUUCAGACGGCAUCGACGCAUAUGACUGUCAAUGUGAGGAUGGAUGGAGUGGCCGCAGAUGUGAAACUAAUAUGGACGAGUGUGAGUCUCAGCCUUGUUUGAAUUCUGGCUUCUGCGUGGACCUCGUGGACAAAUAUGCCUGUAUAUGCGCCAAAGGCUACAGCGGGACACAAUGUGAAGUCGACUUGGAUGCGUGCCUGGAUAUGCCUGUGAAUUCCUCUCAGUGUUUUAACGGUGGAACUUGUCUGGAUGGCCCUGGGUACAGUUUUACAUGCAGAUGUCUAGCGGGUUUUGCUGGGGAUUUCUGUGAGCUGGAUGUGAAUGAGUGCUGCUCAAAGCCUUGCUUACACGGCGGCAUCUGCCAAGACCUCAUCAAUGGGUACCUGUGCCACUGCCGACCCGGUUGGACAGGCCUUCGCUGUGAGGAUGACAUUAAUGAGUGCCUGCCGCAGCCAUGCAACCAGGGGAUGUGCAUCCAGAACGAACCAGGCCACGGCUACUCCUGUUUCUGUCAGCCGGGAUUUGUGGGUAGAAACUGUGAGUAUAAUUAUAAUGACUGCUUGCUGUGGCCGUGUCCUGAUGGCUUCACCUGCGUGGACGGCGUCAACAGUGCGAGCUGUGUUGCCGUGGAGACCAAUGUGACCUCAGAACCUGCUGUUUUCCUCACUCACACUGAACAAGCAGCAGGACAGCUUGCAUCUCUACAAGCCAAUAACAUCCACCUUGCAAAGCAGACCCAAACCAACCCUCUUGUAGGAGCAGAGCCGGCACACAUGGCUAUUUCGGAAAAGUUUAACGAAUCAGUAGACCAGAGUUGUGGGUUCCUAAACCAGUGUGACAUCUACUUUAACCACCAACCGGAUGACGCAACCAAAUUUUUAAUGACAUUCCUUACCGAAGAGCUUGUUAGGGCAGCCGUCAUCUGGGAUAACGACCCACAAAUCUCCUAUGCCCAACAGCCUGAGAGACUGCCCCCAGAAUGCCCCCAGAUGUUGGAUGUAUGUUCCAUGGGCGAUCCCUCAGGAUUGUGCAAUGUGGAUCGGUACUCUCGGUACUCUCAGGCUCUGGUCACCAAGCUGUCUUCCAAGGUUACAGCCUCCCUCAGGACAUAUAUCACCUAUGGGAGAUAUUCUGGCACUUCAUUCCUGGAGUUUGAGGGCAUUAAUCUCAGUGCUGUGAGUAAUAUCACAGUAAGGUUUCAGACUCGCUCAGUGAAUGGAACACUCCUGUAUGUCGACCAAGGAGCUGGCUUCUUUUUUAUCAAGCUUUACCUUAACAAUGGAAGUUUAAAGUAUGAUUUUUCGUGCAGCCAAGAAGAGGGGAUUCAUAGCAUUAAUCUCGAAGGACAGGUCAAUGAUGGCAAAGAAUAUGUGGUGCACAUUAGACAGUAUCUUGCUCCGUGUGAAGCAGAGGUGGCUGUGUCUGGCUUUCAACAUGCUCAAAGCAAUCCAAUCAAUUACUGGUCAGGAGUAACUUUACAUACAACUGGCCAUGCUUUUGUCGGAGGUCUGCCUCUCACUUACCCUUCAUAUAAGGGAGCUGAGACUUUAUACAACUACACUGGAUGUAUUGAAAUAAUUGAAAUUAAUAAGCUCAGAGGAUUUCACACUUCCAAUGCCAUUGCUGGGAACAACAUUGAAAACUGCAAGUCUUCAUGGCUCCAGGACAGUCUGGCGGACGCUGUUGUACUCUCUGAUGCAUUCAGUAUCCCAAGAGGAGCAGGCAGCAUCAGUCUUCUGCCAACCAUGCACUCACUGGCAUGCUCUGAUGAGCCAUGUCUCAAUGGUGGCGUGUGUCAUCCUCUGUCCAUGCCAAGUGGUGCUGCAGCAUUCCUCUGUAACUGCCCUCUCUAUUACACCGGCCGUCUGUGUGAGAAAGAAAUCUUGAUAUUAUUCCCUUUAUUUAGUGGCUCUUCAUACCUGGAGCUUGAACCCUUUACCUCACUGUACACAAGCUCUGAGACCACAUCUUCUGGAGACACAGUUAGCGUUUAUAUAACAGUGAAAGCGAAGGCUCCCAAUGGGAUUAUCCUUUACACGGAGGAGCAGAAGUUUGGGGAUCGCUUUCUCCAUCUGUUCCUUCAGGAUGGAUAUCCAGGUGCCAGAUUGGGCUGCAGUGGCAGUGAUGUUUUGAAAGUCCUUUCCGAUCAAAUAAUUGGAAAUAACACUGUGGAGCCAAUAAUAGUGAGAUAUCGGUUGCCUGUCAGCAGAGACGGAGGGUUGUGCAUGAUUGAAAUAGCUGCGGCUAAUGGAACUGCUAAUCGAUCACAGAAAUAUGUAUCUGAACCCUCGUCUGAGGUUGUGUUUGGACCCACUUUCCUGGGUAGUGUGCCAUUUCCUUCCAAGCUGCAUGACAGCACUGACAAUGUCUCAGGCUUUGUGGGCUGCAUCAUGGAGCUUCAGGUCAACUCUAAAGAACUGCACAUGAUGGAAGAGGCUUAUCAUGGCCAACACAUCCACAACUGUGAUACAACAAAGUGUCAGCACCGACCAUGCAGAAAUGGAGGAACCUGCAUCAGUGAUGCAGAGACCUGGUUCUGUGUGUGUCCCCUGCUCUACUCAGGCAAGCUGUGUCAGUUCAGUGCCUGUGAACGCAACCCAUGUGCCCACGGCGCCACCUGCGUCCCCAAGAGCCCGUUGGAGGCAGUGUGUCUGUGCCCGCAUGGAAGGCAAGGCCUCCUGUGUGACAAAGCCAUCACAAUUACUCGACCCAGAUUUAGUGGUCUUGAUGAGUUUGGAUACUCGUCCUACAUGGCGUACCCAUCUAUUUCCAGCAUGAGCUACUUCUAUGAGUUCCGGCUGAAACUGACAUUUUCCAAUAACAGCACCGCCAUGAAGAAUAACCUUAUUCUCUUCUCUGGACAGAAAGGACAAGGGAUCACUGGAGAUGACUUCUUCGCCUUGGGGGUGAGAAACAGACGAAUCAUCCAUAAGUUCAACCUCGGAUCCGGGGUGGCUACUAUCGUUAGUGACCCCCUAGACCUGAGGAUGAAAAUACACACUGUGCACUUUGGACGAUAUCUAAGGAAUGGAUGGAUGAAGGUUGAUGGGAAAAGGAAUAAGACGGGGUCGAGUCCUGGUAAUCUGGCAGCUCUGACCACCUUUAGUCCGCUCUACGUGGGCGGCUUCAACGAACACAUCCCUGAGAUGAUGCCUUUAGGUGCCAGAUUCAAUAACAGCUUUCAAGGAUGCAUUUUUGACGUGCAAUUCCGGACCAGACGUGACAGGAAGUUCCACACACUGGACAGGCCAGAAACCCAGCCUGUAUCUUCCCGCAGUGUGGGUCAGUGUGGGGUCUCUCCAUGUCGUCUGCUUUCUUGUCACAACGGUGGCACCUGUAUCGACUCUGGAUCCUCUGUGUACUGCCAGUGUGGGUCUGGAUGGAAAGGUGCUCUCUGCUCUGAGAGAGUGUCCUUCUGCGAUUUGGAACACGUCCCGCCUCCCUCAUGUGCCCGUGGUUCUACAUGUGUUCCACUUCCUGAAGGCUACAGCUGUCAGUGUCCUCUGGGCACCGGCGGCAAGCUCUGCCAGGAAGCUUUGUCCAUCAGCGACCCAUUUUUUGAAGCUAACCAGUCUUCCUGGAUGGCCUUUCCCCUCAUACCCAUGAGACACAGAACACACCUUCUGCUGCAGUUCAAGACAAUUUUGUCGGAGGGCAUCUUGUUCUACACAGCACAGUAUCCGCGAGCCCAAGCCGGUGACUUCAUAAGUCUCUCUUUGUCUAGAGGAUUUAUACAACUCCGCUACAAUCUUGGUGACGCAACAAUUGUCCUACAGUCUACGAACAGAGUGGACACUACAGGUAGCACAUGGCACACAGUGAAAGCUGGAAGAGAGGGAAACCAAGGUUAUCUGGUUCUAGAUGAUCACAGUGUCAUUCGUAACACCUCUAAGGGCAUGACUACUCUGGAUCUCUCCACUGAAGUUUUCAUUGGCGGUGUGUCUGUCAUGAAUACUGUUUCCCCAGAUGCAGUGGAAAAAGAGCCAACUGGCUUCAGCGGGAGUAUUCGUGAAGUUAUCAUUAAUGGUCAUGAGCUUGAUCUCACAGAGAGCGGGGCUCUGCAAGGGGUGAAUGUGAAGGAUUGGGAUGGAACACAGUGUGGGUACAAAGUGUGUAGGAAUGGUGGUUACUGCAAAGCAGACAGCCAUGAUUCGUUCAUUUGCAUUUGCCCUGCAGAAUGGACGGGCACAUACUGUGAGCAAUCUAUUUUUUGCAUAGGUGCUCUGUGCCAACACGAAUCUCUCUGCAUUCCAAACAUUACAUCAGCCACAUAUUUCUGCAUGUGUGGCCUCGGAUGGCAAGGUACCUACUGCGAGCAGCGAGUGUCCAUAAGAACCAUUCACUUUGCUGGGAAUUCAUACUUAAAAUACAGAGACCCGAAGUAUAAAAUGAGAGACUUGACAUACACGCACUUAUCAUUUAAUCUCUCAGCGAGCUCAGGAAAUGGACUGAUUCUGUGGAUGGGCCAAGCAGAGAGUGAAGAUGAUGAUUAUCUUGCUGUUGGACUUCACAACUGUCAUCUCAAAAUUGCUGUUAACCUUGGCGAGAAGAUUGCCGUUCCUCUCGUUUCCCAAAACACAACCCUGUGCAACGACGAAUGGAAUUACAUAUCUAUCGCUCUUAAUCGCACCGUCAUCCAAGCAUAUGUUGAUGAAAAGAAGGUUAUGUUUGAAGAUAUAGACCCCUUUGAGCACUAUGUUUCCAUUAACUAUGGAGGUGUUUAUUAUUUCGGAGGCUUUGAACUGAACAGAGAUCUAGGAUGGGUUACAUCUGGUAUCUUUACAGCAGGGUUUGUAGGAAGUAUCAAAGAUGUUCUGUUAUAUCAUGACACAAGUUUGAUGCAGCUUCUAGAAACAUCUGAGGGGUUUAAUGUUUUUCAACAAGAGGAUAAAUAAUGUUGUAUUUUACGAAAAUAAUUAUCUAUUAAUAAUAUACAUUCACUGACUGCUUUAUCUAGUGGACCUUUGUGGAGUUUGUGGAGAUCUGACCAUCACACCCAUACAUGCUUUUUGAACAUCCCAUUGCAGAUUUAGUCCCCUUUUACUGUUAUAAUACCCUUCAAUCUUCUGGGAAGGUUUUAGACUAGAUUUUGUAAUAUGGCUAUUUGCCCAUUCUGUCACAAGAACAUUAGUGCUGAGGCCUGGUGUUCAGUCCGUGUUCCAUUUCAUCCCAAAUGUGUUCAAUGUGCUUUGUGUAGGUCACUUUAGUUCUUGUCUCCAUGGACCUUGCUUCUAAGAUUUAGUCAAAAUAAAAUUAUGAUGAUAUAGCAUACAAAGUUAUCAUACACAAUCGUGUGCCUCCAACGGUGUCAGCUGUCCACAUAUGUUUAGUAAUACAGUGUACUAUGUAAGUGAAUUGUGUAGAUAUAUUUUAUGUAUUUUAUUUUAUCUUGUAGAUAUUCAGUUACUGAUCUGUUGCUGUGUACAUUGUGUUUUCAGUCCUUCAUUCUGUCCAUCAUUAGAAAGAGCACACCGUAAGCCCCAAACGACUGAAUAUUAUUUGGUUAGGUGCCAAAUCUCAGUAUCAACACUGACAAGGUAUGCAGGUAGAACAGGAAUGGAACAGACACAGCUGCGUUGCUGGAUUUUUUUUUUUUUUUUAAAUCCCCAGUGGCAUAGAUUGUUUAAGAAAAAAGCCACCAACCAGAAGUAUCCAGCCAGCAUCAAUGACUUGUAACUGUGCAAUGAUUUAUAACUGUAUUCCUACAAAGUGGCCAGCAGUGUAGGUGUGUGUAAUAUAAACAGCACUCAAAAAACAACACUCAUCUCAGCACAUAAUGCAUUAUUAUGCAGUGUCAUUGCUGUAUUGGGAAUGAUAAACCAAAUAAUAUCGUGUCUUUGGUGGUCCCUUUCUGCUAAUGCAUAGGGUAGGUAUAUUGAAAAAAAGUAAAUUUUUGUUGCAAAUUAAUUGCUUUUAAAAGUCUUUAGCCCUUUCGUUUGGUUCAUGUUAGAAGGUUAGGUUCAUAUGGUGCUUGUAUUUCAGUUACUUUUUUAUCACAAUGGAUCUGGCUACACACUCCAGAAAAAGAAAAUAAUACUUAUCUUCUGUCUAUCCUACUUAUUCUCCAAGAGUGCGUCAGUGGCCUUGUGGGCCAAAGAGAAUCAUUGAUUAACAUGUGAACAUGUGUAAUAUAUACAUAUACUUAAGUAAUUCACUGGUAGUCAGAAAGUCAGACUUUGAAAUAUGUAUGUAUGUAUGUAUGUAUGUUUAAAAACGUUAAAAAAAACUGUUCUAUUCUUAAGCUGGUGUUUUAUUUAAUAGAACAAAUAAUAGAACUUAAAUGCUGUACCUGUUUCCAAAACAGAAAAGAUUAUCGGACUACAACAUUAAAGCAGACGGCUUAUACACAUAUAAACCCAAAAGGGACUUUCAGUUCCUGCUCUUUUGCCCUCAGAUUGUACAAGUUUCUUGACCAGUGGGUAUCCAAGUCUCUUAUGAAGAUGAGUACCUGGAGUGUAGCUGUCCUGCAAACGGCGUCGCUGACCAAGAUCUACCUCAGAAAGCACAAUUAGCUCUGUCCUGCCCAGGGAAUAUUACC